AUGGCUGUUAAGACCGAGGCCCAUUUGAGCGACAAAGAGCUCUACGAGCUCAACAAGCAGGCAGUCACCCAGGAUUUCAGAAUUAAGCCCCGUAUCACUUAUAAUACAGUAGCCGGUGUCAAUGGUCCUUUGGUUAUCUUGGAAAAUGUCAAGUUUCCUCGUUUCAACGAAAUUGUUAACCUGACUUUGCCAGAUGGCACUAACAGAGCCGGUCAAGUCCUUGAAGUCAAGGGAGACCGUGCCAUUGUCCAAGUUUUCGAGGGUACUUCUGGUAUCGACGUUAAAAAGACGAAGGUUGAAUUCACAGGACAGAAUUUGAAAAUUCCCGUCUCAGAAGACGUUCUUGGUCGUGUUUUCGAUGGUUCUGGUAGAGCUAUUGACAAUGGUCCUAAAGUUCUUGCCGAAGACUAUCUCGAUAUUAACGGAUCGCCCAUUAACCCCUUUUCUCGUAUCUAUCCUGAAGAAAUGAUUUCUACUGGUAUUUCCGCCAUUGAUACAAUGAACUCGAUUGCUCGUGGUCAAAAGAUUCCUAUUUUCUCUGCUUCUGGUUUGCCUCAUAAUGAAAUUGCUGCUCAGAUUUGUCGUCAAGCUUCUUUAGUUCGUCCUACUAAGGAUGUCCAUGAUGGUCAUGAGGACAAUUUCUCCAUUGUGUUUGCUGCAAUGGGUGUCAACUUGGAAACUUCUCGUUUCUUCAAGCAAGAUUUCGAAGAGAAUGGCUCUUUAGAGCGAGUUUCCUUGUUCCUUAACUUGGCUAAUGAUCCCACUAUUGAGAGAAUCAUUACUCCUCGUUUGGCUCUUACAACUGCAGAAUAUUUGGCUUAUCAAACCGAGCGUCACGUCUUGACUAUUUUGACUGAUAUGUCUUCUUAUGCAGAUGCUCUUCGUGAGGUUUCUGCUGCCCGUGAAGAAGUGCCCGGUAGACGUGGUUAUCCUGGUUACAUGUAUACAGAUUUGUCUACCAUUUACGAGCGUGCCGGUCGUGUCGAGGGUCGUAACGGUUCGAUUACUCAAAUCCCUAUUCUUACCAUGCCUAAUGAUGAUAUUACCCAUCCAAUUCCUGAUUUGACUGGUUAUAUUACCGAGGGUCAGAUCAGUAUCGAUCGUCAACUACACAACAGAGGUAUCUAUCCACCUAUUAACGUUCUGCCAUCCCUUUCGCGUCUGAUGAAGGCUGCUAUUGGUGAAGGUAUGACCCGUAAGGACCAUGGUGAUGUGUCCAAUCAAUUAUAUGCCAAGUAUGCUAUUGGUCGUGAUGCUGCUGCUAUGAAGGCUGUCGUUGGUGAAGAGGCCCUGUCCACGGAGGACAAGCUUUCCUUGGAGUUUUUGGAGAAGUUCGAAAAGACAUUUAUUGCCCAGGGCAACUACGAGAACCGUACAAUUUUCGAAUCUCUUGAUCAAGCUUGGUCGUUGCUCCGUAUCUAUCCCAAGGAGCUUCUUAACCGUAUCUCUCCCAAGAUCCUUGAUGAAUUCUAUGACAGAUCGUCAACCAAGGGCACCAGAGAUACUGCUGAUGAGGCUGCCGAUGAGGAUGAAGAGGAGACUAAUCUCAUCGAAACUUAA